GGUAGCCUUUCGCUAUCAGCUCAAAAGGGUAGAGAAAAUACUGUCUAUCCUCGCUGCAAUUGAGCCAAUUGCUCGUUUCAUUAUUCAGACCGAUAUUGGGCAAGUAGGUAGGUAUUCUGAAGUUUGUGUUUCCAACAUUUGUACAUACAGGUAGCUUGUUGAUGCUCCAGGCUUAACCCGAUUUCUUCAAGUUAACUCGUGACUAAUAUCGAGCGAUAUACAGCUCAAAAGACGCUGCAACCGAGUUCUAGAACUGAUUUACUUCCUUGAGUCAGCGACGGAUUUUCUCUUCUGUUCCUUCGAUCUUCACAAAUAACGCUCAGGCUUCCCAUUUCAUCUAAGCUCCGGUGUCUUAGGAUUCUACCGCAGAAUCGUCCGCUGACGCCGACUGAGAGGUUUUGUUCAGUGACGUCUCUCACACAAGCAAAAUCCUGGGUUGCCUAGGCUUGCGUAGACUUCUAUUCAGAACGCUUGCAGAACAUCAAGAAGAGAUCGAGGAAUUGAACUGGUGCUUUUGGUAACAUGUCCAUCACCCCAACAAUACCCGAUACGCGGGUUCUCGCUGUGGCAAGCCAUGUAUGUUGUCUCUGGGUAACUAUCUUUUCCCCCUCGGGGUCGCAGUGACUUACAUGCACUAGGUAUGUCGGUAACAAGAUUGCCGUCUUUGUGCUACAGUCUUUGGGAUGUGAUGUCGCAGCUCUCAACACUGUACAGUUCAGUGAGUAUUCAUGUCAUCUCGAUCGAUGGAGUGCAAUAAUAAACCAGGUUUCUAACUCGCGGACUUCACCUGUAAAGGCAACCAUACCGGAUAUAAGCAAUGGAAGGGAACGAGAGUCUCAGCACAGGAGAUCAUGGAUCUCUGGGAAGGACUGAAACAGUCGUACCUGGAUGAUUUUGAUGUUAUGCUUUCUGGAUAUAUCCCAGGCGCUGAAGCCGUCGAUACGGUCGGUAAGAUAGGCCGGGAACUUAAGGAAAAGUCAAUUAAAGCACCUGGCAAGUUCUUCUGGGCUCUCGAUCCCGUCAUGGGUGACAAUGGAAAGAUCUACGUCUCCGAGGAAGUGGUGCCAGCAUACAAGAGGCUCAUCCACGACGCGGAUCUGAUUCUUCCAAACCAAUUCGAGGCCGAGCUGCUUUCGGAAGUCAAAAUCCAUGACAUGGACAGUCUCCGAAAGGCUAUCCAAGUGCUCCACGACAAGUACAAGAUUCCUCAUGUCGUCAUUACUUCAGUCAACCUUGAGGCGCCAGACCAUCCGCCUUCGCAUCUCUCUGUUGUUGGUUCAACCAUGACAUCUACUGGCAAAGCUCGCUUUUUCAAGAUUGUCUUCCCAUCAAUCGAUUGUUAUUUCAGUGGUACAGGCGACAUGUUUGGCGCUCUUAUGGUAAUCCGCAUGCGUGAGGCUGUCUUCAAUGCUGACGAGCGGCUGCGGCAUACCGCCAGCUGGCUUAGCGACGAUUCGGUAUCGGCUGUUGAGCUACCCCUUGCGCGCGCUGCAGAAAAGGUCCUAGGCAGUAUGCAUGAGGUUCUAUCCAAGACCUGCGAGGGCAUGAAGGGGGUGGUUGAACGAACAACGGACGACAUGAAAGAUGAGGAUCGAAUUGACCAAACUAAGGCGCACCUCGUAAAGAGCAAGGCGGCAGAGCUUCAACUUGUGAGGAAUCUGGACUGCCUACGCUCCCCCGCGACGCAAUACCUUGCGAAGGCCAUUUAGAUCUAAGGGGAGGGGGAUUGUCCAAGGUUACAAUGACCACUAUAGUAGAAACCAGCAAAGAUUAAAUAGAAAUGGGUAGAAAGGUUGUGGAAUAGACGCCUGAUCAUGAAUCCAUUCAAGGUUUUCACAUCUAUCGUCCAGGGUUAAAUAAUCACUCGGAUAGCUUCUCUUCCAUAAUCAACCUUCUUUAACUGUGUA